UGUUUUUCCGAAUUUUGCAUAGCUGACUUUGGCAUUUUUAUUUUUCUUUACAUUUGCUCUCUGUAAUUGCAAACUCAAACGACUUUUUCUUUUUAACAUUUACUACAGACAUCUGAAAUGACCACCAUCCCCGCCGACCGCAUUUACUCUCUCGAGGGAAAGGGUCUCAAGCUCACAACCGCCGAGGAAUUUGAGCCGUAUCUCGAGGAACUCCGCAGCUUUGAGAACCUUGAGGAGCUCAGACUCAACGGAAACACUAUUGGCGCCGAGGCCGCCAAGGCACUGGCCGAGGUUCUGCGCACCAAGCCAACUCUCAAGGUUGCCACGUUCCAUGAUAUUUUCACUUCGCGUCUGAAGGACGAGGUCAAGGAGAGCGUCAUUGCCAUUUGCGGCGCGCUUUCCCACCUGCCCAGCCUGAUCGAGCUUAACCUUUCCGACAACGCCUUUGGACCUUGGGAGCACUUUUUGAAGAAGCACACGAUUCUGGAGGUUCUCAAGCUGAACAACAACGGGCUCGGCAUUCAGGAGUGCGAGAGUCAGGGAAAGGCACCUGCCCUGCACACGAUUGUAUGUGGGCGUAACAGAUUGGAGAACGGGUCUGCGCCUAUCUUUGCCAAGGCUUAUGCUGCACUCAAGUCGCUGCGGGAGGUGCGGAUGCCCCAGAACGGUAUUCGCCCUGAGGGCAUCACUGAGCUGGUAACUGGCCUUGCCAGCAACCCUAAUUUGACUGUUCUGGAUCUCCAGGAUAACACCUUCACGGAGUCUGGCUCGGCCGCUCUAGCCAAUGCUCUGCCUGGCUGGUCCACCUUGGAGACACUCAACAUCGGCGACUGCCUGCUUGGAGCUGCCGGCGGCCGUCUGGUCAUUGAGGCCCUCAAGAUUUGCACGACCUUGAAGACUCUUAAUUUGCAGUACAACGAGAUCGAGAUGGAUGGCGCUAUUGCACUGGCUGAGUCCCUGCGCGAUCUGAAGAAUCUUGAGAGCAUCGAGAUUAAUGGAAACCGCUUUGACGCCGAGAGCAAUGCUGUCGAACUCAUCAAGGCCGCGCUGUCUGAGAACGAUCUUGACGACGAUAUCCUCGGACCAAAGACAGCCUCCGAUGUUCUGGGCGACGAUCUGGCUGAUCUGGUUUCCCAGAUGAAGAAGGAUCUUGCCAUUUAAUUGCAAGAUUAAAACAAAAUACACACACAAACCAAACUCACCACAUGUUUUCUUUCCACACUAUUCUUAAUACCAAUUGUUUUUUUUGCGCACACACACCAUGUCGGAUUUUAUAAUAGAGCCAGAUAAAGAUAA